UUCUUUGUAAACUAAUAAAUAUCUAGCGAGGGCCGUCAGCGAUAAGCUCCCUUUCAAAAAUUUUCUUUCAGAGCCAGGUCUCUUGACCGAUCGAAAAUUUUUAGUUUCUCUCUCUUGGGGUAUCCAUUUUUAUUUAGACCCUCAUAAUGGCUCCACGUCAACCUGUCGCUGGCCCUUCGAAGCCGAAGCACUCGCAGCAGCCUGCAAUCCAGUCACCUCCGCCUCCUGCAGCAGUCUCGGCAUUCAACUCCACUCGCACCUUGUUUGCUCUAGCUUCCCCUGUUUUAGGGCAAGCGGACAAGGUUCAAGUGUGGGAUGUUGCGGGUGACCGUGUAAUAUCCGAAUGGGAAGUAGCUGGUGCUAGUAAGGCUUCCUCUGUUUGCUUUACUACAGUCCCAUCGGACGCCGCUAGUAAGAAAAAGAAGCGGAGAAAGUCUGGCUCUGGUCAUGGCGCUGAGGAAGAGGUAGUCCUCGUGACAACGUCAAAGAGUCAACUUUUGGUUUUGUCUACUAAGCAAACCGAACCUUUGCGAACUCUUGAUCUCCCAGCUCCUGUAACUGCGGCCUGGUCUGAAGAACGUGCGACAAUACUGGCAACUGCUUCCUCUCUUCUUGUUUUAUCGGCGGAUGCCUCUAGUAUCUCUCACACUUUCACUCUUCCAUCCUCCCUCUCAUCUCCUACUGCCCUCACAAUCCUUCCGACAUCGACCGCUGAGUCAUUGCAUGUACUCGUUGCCUCCUCGCUCGUCGUCACUCUUCACCUGGGAUUGGCGUCUCAGGAGAUCACUUUCGUCUCAUCACCGCUUCCUGCAUCUACCUCUUCUAUCUCUUCGCUCCUCCCUCUUCCUCUUACAGAGCAAGGUGCUUCAUUCCUUGUCGUGUCGGAAGAUGACCGCACAAUAUCUCAAUACACCCUCACGUCACCCCAGUCCUCCGCGAGACUUUCAUACCGCUACGCCUCGCCUACACUAUCUUCUGCUCACUCAAUUUCGGCUGAUCCAGAUCUUCUCGCCGUAUUGCACGAGUCUGGAGAGAUUUCUCUUUUCCGCCUUCCGUCUGAGCUUGAUCUUUCCCGCCCCCAGUCAGAUGCGAAGCCGAGCACUGUAAAGAUUGUUGAAGGGAAGGAAGAACGUACAGCCAGAUUGUGUCGCGUUGCUUUUGCCCCUGUAGAUGAUGGAGCAUCGGGUGCAUUGCUUUGUGGAAGAUUGACAGGAGGAGGUCGUGUCAAAUGGUCGCGUGCAAUCUUCGAGCUUCCGGAGGGCGGUUUGAGACCCGUUACGGUUGUUAAAGUCGAGGCUCAAGAAUUAGUUGGAGGCUCAUCAGCGUCAGAGAGUGUUCCUGUGCAACGUUUUGUCGCGCCCAAUACGGUGAAUGAAGCUGCUCCCGACGAUAUCGACGAGGCCCCUGUCUCUCAGUUGCCUUCUGAUGUUAAUAUGGCGGAACUUUCGCUCGGCGAACGCAUGCUUGCACCAGCUUCUCAAGAAGCCGACAGCGGAAACAAACGCGCAGCCACUUCAGCCGGCGUUACCCUCGACGGUCCUGUGAAUGCAGCUUCCCUCACUCGUGUUCUCGUCCAAGCUCUCCAUACAUCGGACCCAGCUCUUCUAACACUGUGUCUGUCCCACCGCAACCCAGUUCUUAUUCGCAACACUAUCAGAAAAAUGCCUCCUCAAUUGGCUCUUCCUCUUCUGAAAGCUUGUGUGGAGCGACUGGGCCAAGGCAAGGGCGCCAACAAACGUGGUGGAGGCCGUGGUGCUGCGCAGAACGAACAGCAAGGUCGCGGCACUGUUGAAUGGGUAAAGGGAGUGCUUGUCGAACGCGGCUCCAUCCUCAUGACUAUACCUUCUUUACCUGUCCAUCUUGCUUCUUUGUCUCAGCUGCUUCAAAAUCGACUGGAGCUCAACCAGCCUUUGCAAAGCCUUUCUGGCCGUUUAGAUCUUGCUCUUGCCCAGAUUACCAUGCGUCGCAUCGCUGCUGAGCAGGCUCUGGAGAAUGCCAAGAACGGUGGACAGAAGGGCGGCGAAGGUGAGAUAUAUGUCGAGGGUGAAAGCGAAGAUGAAGAUGAGGAUUUCAUCGAAGUUGGCGAAGAUGGAGGUGAAAUUGAGGACAUUGAUAUGGGUGGAUUGAGUGAGAGCGACGAAAGCGAAGAGGACGAGGAGGAGGAUGAAGAAUCAGAUGAUGAUCCCCUUGAUUCCGGCUCGGACAAUGAUCUACUAGAUCUGCAAGCUGAAGAAGAAAGCGGAAGUGACGACGAGGACGAAAGUGAAGAGGAGGAUUAGUAGCAUCAUUGUAGUAUCUUCAAUACAUUUGCAUGUCACAUUAGCAUUUCCAAUCAGA